AUGGCUACCAACAUCACCUUCCACGCCGCAGGCCUCACCCGCACCGAGCGCGAGAACGAGCGCAACCAGCGCGGUCUGACAAUCUGGCUCACCGGCCUCUCAGCCUCCGGCAAGUCCACCAUCGCCGUCGAGCUCGAGCGCCAACUCCUCCGCACCCGUAAUGUUCACGCCUACCGUCUGGAUGGCGACAACAUCCGCUUCGGCCUGAACAAGGACCUCGGAUUCAGCGAGGCCGACCGCAACGAGAACAUCCGCCGCAUCGGCGAAGUGGCCAAGCUCUUCGCUGACUCUGCCUCCAUUGCUAUCACCUCGUUCAUCUCCCCCUACCAGAAGGACCGUGACUCUGCGCGCGCCCUGCACGAGACUCCCACCCCCGGCGAGACUGCUGGUCUGCCCUUCGUCGAGGUCUACGUUGAUGUCCCCGUUGAGAUUGCUGAGCAGCGUGAUCCUAAGGGUCUUUACAAGAAGGCUCGUGAGGGUGUGAUCAAGGAGUUCACUGGUAUUAGUGCGCCUUAUGAGGCGCCUGCCAACCCUGAGGUGCAUGUUAAGAAUGUCGAUAUUUCUUUGCAGCAGGCUGUUGAUCAGAUUAUUAACUACCUGGAUUCCAAGGGAUAUCUUCCUCCUAAGAAGGAGUAA